CAUAUGCAAAUUUAAGCUCAUUGCCAUAUAAUUCUGUAGAACAUGCUAUUUUUGUUUCCUGGAACUUCAAAUGAUUUGUUCAGUUAGUAUAAAUUUUGAGGCUUCAAAUUGUCUUUUGGUGUAAUGGAUGAAUUGUUGUAAUUUAUGUCGUUUUGGUUUUAUCUAUUAUCUGAUGACUUACCAUGUGUAAAGUGGUAAGUUUGUUGUUUAUCUUUUAAUUUUUUUUAUUGAUGAAGCAGCAGGUAAAAGUAGUCAUGGCAUAAAUGAGUUUGACAUUGAGUUCAGAGAUGGUGAUAGUACCUUGGAAGAUACUCUUCGGAAGAUUGAAGUGGUACAUUCACAAGUCUGCCGGUUAAAGACCCGAAUUGACAAGGUGGCCGGUCAAGGAAAAUCCUGCAUUGUUUGGCUUUGCUCAAAGUCCUGCUCUUGAAAAUGGGAAUGAUUAACUAGCUGAAACUCUACCAAAUGCAUUUCAGCAUAGUUCUGAGUGUAACAUGGGACCUUUACUUUUGCCUGGGAGUGCAGUUUCAAGUCAUGAAGCUGGGUUAACCCCUCUCCCUGGUAUGAUUGGGAACACAGAUCAGCCUUGGAUUGGCACUGAACAGGAAAAUGCCGAGGAUGGAUACCUUGUACCUAAUGCAGCUGUCAAGAAAGAGCAACAUGAUUUUGAAAACAAUAAAGAUCAGGUCAUAGAGCAGCCUCUCCUAUCGAGUGCACAGCAGAAAACUAAUUUCUCAGUUCCAGCUUCAAAAACUGUGCCAAAAAAAUCCAGCUUACCUAAUGCAACUCAACAACCCGAUUCCACUACGAGGACUGAAUUCCCUUGGAACACAAGAAAUCGUGGGAAGCGUAAACCUGGUUCGAAUAGGUGGAGCCGGAAAUCCUAGAGUUAGAUGGACUAGAAGUGACUGAAUA